AUGUCUUCCCUGCGAGUAAAAAAAAGUCCGCCCGUCAACGUGAGUGCAAAUGACGGAUUCUCCGUGGUCCCGUCGACGGAUGAAGACGUCCAGAGGCACACCGUCAAGUCAUUUGCCAGCAAAGUCAAUGACUACUGGGUCUGGCAGAUUGUCUCCUGUCUGAUCAGUGUCAUGGCCUUGUUUGCCCUGAUUGGCGUGUUGUUUGUAUACGACCACAAGGCCAUCCCCAACUGGCCGUAUGGCAUCACCAUCAACUCCGUUCUCUCGUGGAUCUCGCAGAUCCUGACAGCCUGCAUGGUCGGUGCUGUGGCCACCUGUUUGAGCCAGUCCAAGUGGAUUCAUUUCAGCUCGGGCGAGCGACCGUUGGGCGAGAUGAAUUCGUAUGACUGGGCCAGUCGGGGGGCUUUGGGCUGUACUGCUUUUUUAUGGAGAUCGAAAAUGAGGAGAUCUGCCACGAUCGGUGCCCUCAUCACCAUCAUGGCCAUUGGCGUUGGUCCCUUUGUGCAGCAGACGGUCGCUGUCGUCAACAACCGCGUGGAUUCUGAUAUUGCUGCCUCUGCGGUCCGGACAGAAUCAUACGGCAAGGAUGGAGUCACGGCAGACGAACUGCCCUCCAGAGACAUGAUGGCCUCCAUCUACGGCAGUCUCUUUCUCAACUCGCAGAGCAACUCGAAUGCAUCCGCAACGACCGUCUCUCCCGACUGUCCGACGGGCAACUGCGACAUUCCCCCGUUUCGCUCUCUGGCCAUCUGCUCAAAAUGCAGCGAUGUCUCGCAUAUGCUGUCUCUGGUCCAAGGCAGCGUGGCCUGUGGCUCUGGCACGGAAUAUAGUUAUCAACUGCCAAAUGGACUGCAGCUGAAUUAUACAUCCGAAGUCCUCAAACUGGACCUGCCAAAAAACGACUUCAUAUCGACCGAAACCAACUACUAUUCCAGCAUGCAAACGUUCGGCCAGCCUGUUCUUCCUGCUCCUCCCGUGGAUCCCCCGACGAAUGCUUCUGCCACCCAGUGUUCGCUCUUCUGGUGCGUCAACACAUACUCAUCCAGCAUGAAAGACAACAAGGUCAACGAGACAUUGAUAGACUCAUAUCACAACACGACCAUCAUGUCCAACAGUCAAGACUAUCUGCUCAGUCCCCCGGCGAAGGGCAACCUGACUGCAACAAACUACGUCGUCCACCGGGACACCUCCCUCACGCUCUCCGACUGGCUCAUGAACCGAUUGCAAUUCAACAACACCUUCUCCUACACCUGCAUGGAUGGCGCAUACAUCUCCAGAGGCACCUCCUCAUUCCGGAAUGAAUUCCUCCAACCCCUCCUCGACUCGCCGAUCCCAGACCUCUUCGCCCAGAUUGCAGCGGGAAUGUCAACCCACGUCCGAAAGGCAAACCAAACCGCAUAUCUCCCGUCCACUGGCUUCUAUGAGUCUUCAAACGGUGCACCCCCAGCGCAAGGGACAUCCUGGACAGUCGAGACGCAGAUCCACGUUCGAUGGGGAUGGAUUACACUUCCUGUAUUACUGAUUCUCUUCACCAUGAUCUUUCUUGUCAUGACUGCAGUCCAGAGUAAGAUUCACAAGGUGGAUAUAUGGAAGUCAUCGACUGCACCUCUCCUCUGUUCAGGACUCGACCAUAAUCUGCAGGAGAGGAUGUGGGCAGUAGGCGAUCCAAUGCAGGUUGAGAAUCUCACGAAUCGCGUCCGAGUACGCCUCAUCAGAGACGAUCGAACUGAUACGUGGCGGUUGGAUUCAUACGAUGUACAUUAA